CCAUUACGUCAUUGCGGCGCCUCCCCUUACCCUGACAGACAUGGCGGCGUACAUGAUAACUCCAACUCUGCAAAGAGUUUUGCUUUCUGCCAAGCAUGUCUCUUUCCAGUCUAGAUACUGUGUUGUGGCUGGUCGAGCUCGAUACUCAGUUGUUUAUGAUGCCAGUGAGAAGACCUUUGAUAAGAUCCUUAUUGCAAACAGAGGGGAGAUCGCCUGCAGGGUGAUGAAGACAUGCAGGAAGAUGGGUAUCAAGACCGUGGCGGUUCACAGUGAUGUUGACGCCAACGCAGUCCACGUGAAGAUGGCUGACGAGGCGGUGUGUGUGGGCCCGGCUCCAACCAACAGGAGUUACCUCAACAUGGACGCUAUCAUGGACGCCAUUAGAAUAACCGGAGCCCAGGCCGUGCAUCCAGGCUAUGGAUUUCUGUCUGAAAAUAAAGAGUUUGCCAAGAGACUGGCAGCGGAGGACGUGGUGUUCGUCGGUCCCGAUACCCACGCCAUCCACGCCAUGGGAGACAAGAUCGAGAGCAAGCUCCUCGCCAAGGCAGCCAAGGUCAACGUGAUCCCAGGUUUCGACGGGGUCGUUGAGAAUGUGGAGGACGCCGUGAAGAUCGCCGGCCAGAUCGGCUACCCUGUAAUGAUCAAGGCCUCAGCGGGUGGAGGAGGGAAGGGCAUGAGAAUCGCCUGGAACGACGACGAGACAAGGGAAGGUUUUCGCUUGUCGUCACAGGAGGCUGCCUCCAGUUUCGGAGAUGAUCGGUUACUGAUCGAGAAGUUUGUUGAUAACCCGAGACACAUUGAGAUACAGGUGCUGGCUGAUAAGCAUGGGAACGCCCUGUGGCUCAAUGAGAGGGAGUGCUCCAUUCAGAGGAGAAACCAGAAGGUUGUGGAGGAGGCGCCAAGUACCUUUCUGGACCCCGACACACGUCGAGCGAUGGGGGAGCAGGCAGUACAACUGGCCAAGGCGGUGAAGUACUCGUCCGCUGGCACAGUGGAGUUCCUGGUGGACUCAAAGAAGAACUUCUACUUCCUGGAGAUGAACACACGCCUCCAGGUGGAGCACCCAAUCACAGAGUGUAUCACCGGUCUGGAUCUGGUGCAGCAGAUGAUCCGGAUAGCCAAAGGAUUCCCCCUGGUUCACAGGCAGGAGGACAUCCCCAUUAAUGGCUGGGCGAUAGAGAGCCGUGUCUACGCUGAGGAUCCAUAUAAGUCGUUUGGUCUGCCCUCCAUCGGACGUCUGUCACAGUACCAAGAACCCAUCAGUCUUCCAAACGUGCGUGUGGAUAGUGGCAUCCAAGAAGGAAGUGACAUCAGUAUCUACUACGAUCCCAUGAUCUCCAAGCUGGUGACUUAUGGCGCCACGCGGGCCGAGGCCCUGCAGAAGAUGGAAGACGCUCUGGAUCAUUACGUCAUCAGAGGUGUGACCCAUAACAUCCCGCUGCUCAGAGAGAUCAUCACGAAUCCUCGCUUCAUAUCUGGUGACAUCACUACCAACUUCCUACCAGAGGAGUACCCAGAGGGCUUCACGGGCCACCGGCUGACCCCUGAGGGUCGUAGGGAGCUCCUCGCCACCGCUGCCGCUCUCUACAUCUCUGCCCAGCUGCGCUCCCAGAGGUUCAUGGGUAACCUAAGAGUGUCCACCACUUCUCAGGAACAGAGCCAAUGGGAACUACAGGUGGAGUUGGAGAAGAAAAGCCACCUGGUCUCCUUGUCGCGUUCUGGAUCCUCCUUCACUGUGGAGGUUGACGGAGGAUCUGUGGAGGUCAGCGGGGAGUGGAACCUUGCCUCGGCCCUCCUUCCUCUCAGCAUUAACGGGAACCCCCGGGUUCUACAGUGUCUGUCCAGAGACGCCACAGGACAGAUCACCCUGCAAUACCUGGGAACACAGUUUAAGUUGCGCGUGUUGAGUAGGCUGGCCGCCAAGCUGACCGGUCACAUGCCGGAGAAGGUUCCAGAAGACACCAGCAGCAUCCUGAGGUCUCCCAUGCCGGGUUCCGUGGUCGCCGUGUCAGUUAAACCUGGAGACAUGGUGGCCGAAGGCCAGGAGAUCUGUGUCAUUGAAGCCAUGAAGAUGCAGAACAGCUUGAUCGCUGCUAGAGCUGCCAAGGUCAAGAGCGUCCACUGUAAAGCUGGAGAGACUGUGGGAGAAGGUGACCUCCUGGUGGAGCUUGAGUAGGAACAACCUGCGACCUCCGGUCUCCGACCUCUAACCACACUCACAGGAAUUGGCUCAUAAAUCUGCCAGAGGAAGAUCUAUUGGUGUGGAAGUCCACUAGAGGAAAACCCAGAACUAAAAAAAGUCACUAUUUGACCGGACGGAACAUUCCAGAGUUUUCUGCGAUUUAAUAUGGGGGUGUUUUAAUCUUCCUGUUGUACUAUCGGACACCCACCAGUUUUGGGUUCUGGGAUGGGUUUAGUGAGACUACAUGUUAUCCACUCCACUAAAAACAAAAUGGAAGACAUGUUGGACCUGCCUGCCCCUGUGCCUUCAUCUUCUGUCAGAAGUUGCAUUUUACAGAAUAAUACUAUAGAGAUCACAAACAGUGUUUCCUGAAGGGCAAACGAUUUGUGUGCGUUUGACUGGGUGGCGGACUAGUUGUAGCUGUGUUAUGUGGCCGUGAACCUCAUAGAACCCAUAGUACUGUUGUCUACUGUUGAAGUGGUGAGGUGUUACCAACAUCCAUUGUCCUUACCAUUGACGCCAUUAACUCCCCAUGUACGGCCCAUCCUAAGCUAGAUGAAAUAACACUACAUUGGUUUAUCUAUCUGUAUCGGUUUUCAGACGGAUGUCUUCACCUCCUCCCUCUAGCGGAUGGAUGUCCUAAACCUUCGCCCUUUUUUCAAACAUAUGUCCUCACCUCUCUGGCCUAGUUUUGGAAAAGUUAAGGUAAUCGAGGAAAGUUGAACUACUGGCAUAAAAUUUGCCUUCUACAUAUGCGUCACCAAGCAAACUGGGUUUUACCACGCAUGAACAGUGUGUGGUUAUCUGAUUGUCCCAUCGUCACCAGACUGAGUGUCAACGGGCUGCGGGCCAACCUCUGAGUUGUUAGCACGAGCAAAACAAUUCAUUUUCAUACUACUUAAUCUUUAAACACCAAGCUUUUUAGAAAGAAAAAACAGAAAUAUCAGAAAUUGCUUUGCUUGUGUAAUCUGUAGUCGUUACACCAUUGGUAGAUAUUCAACUACAUUAUUUUGGCGGGAAAAUUAUGUUAUAAUAAAAUACGAAGAUAUGAUACACAGUGUGAAUGAUUAAAAGACACCACAGAAUCAAAUACUUCUUUUUAAUUUAUCAACAUUUUCUUGAACACUUACAAACGUAAACAAAAUAUGUCCCCAGGUUAAAGUAUUCAGUGACUGAAGGCGUACUGUGUCCUCUUCGCCGAGCGCUGAGAUUGGCUCCGAAGAUCUUAGGCAGGUUGCUGGGGGGUUGUUGUUACAGUGACCAGAGGAACACUUUUGAUUGGAGGGUUCUUCACAACCAAAAAAUAUCAGGAAGCAUUUCAAAAGUUUAAUGACAAACAACUCCUUAUGUGGGUUUUUAAGUUUUUCACCUUCUUUUGUCAAUUUCAAAAUGCCUGUUUUUCGAAUCACGACUACACUUACCAACAGCUUGCACUUCAACUAAAAUCCUGUCAGAAAACCAGACCCUUUCAUUGCGCGUCUCAGAACAAGCUGCCUUUUAACCUGAAUGAAACUCACAAAGGAGUGGGGCUUCAUCUGAAUCAUCCUAUUUUGUCUUGUUCAUUUGGCUGCACUGCUACAGAUGAAUAACCGUUUAACCGUUUCUGUUUUUACCGCUGUGUUUAUAAACAGUUCUGAGAAGGACUAUGGCUGUCUGACGCGCCUGUCGUGGCGUUGCAAAGGGCUUUCAGCAUGAAUAAUUCAACUGCAAUGAUGUUCACGGUAAAUGUUUUGCCGUACAUACUGUAAUGACAGGCUGCUCCGGACAAAGCUCCGGUCAGUGGCAGACUAGUGGAGGUCCUUGGGAAGAUUGUGCUUUGUUUAAUAUGACCCCACAACCACAACUGCACCCUAUUCACUGAAUGACGGGGAGUCAUUUGGGACUGAAUCUUGGUGGUGAACAACUGAUUGUGUCACUGCUCUGUACUGCGCUCAUCACCCUGGAUGUCGUAUAUCCUGAAGGCAGUCGAGGUGAUCAGAAAGCUUGUUACAUCUUGGAUGUCGUGGUCAUCAGAGAGGCCACAUCCAGAUCACAUCCCUUGUUAGCUCACACCCUUAUCACAUCCCGUCCCGUGUCAGUUCAUUAUAUCUACCAGAGCUCCUUCCGACCGGUGCUAUAUAUAUUUACAUGUUGGUGUCAAUGAACAAAAACGGCAAUAAAGAAAAUGUCACUUGA